UGCGCGGGCUUACAGUUAUUGAUUUCUCUCUCCGCUUAUCGCCGUGGAAGCAUUCUCUCAAAUGACCAAACUUCACUUCGGGACGAUUCUCAGACAUGCUGCACGCACUAUGUAAAGGCUCCACCCAAGUGAUCCAAAACACCGUAUUCAUAUCAGGUUUCUGAGAAUGUAUAUUUCGAGUCUUGACAUGGAUGAAUUUGUAAUAUAAAUGAUGGUAUCAAGAGGCCGAUCUUCUCGCCGGAGAUGGGGAAGAGAGGAGGCGGUUGGUUCUCGUCAGUGAAGAAAGUUUUCAAAUCGUCUUCUAAGGACUCGUCGGCGGCGGCGAGGAAGAAGGAUAACGAGAGAAGGCAGCCUGAAGUGGCAGAGGUCGUGUCUUUUGAGCAUUUUCCCGCGGAAAGUUCUCAUGACGACGUCACCAAUGAGAAUAGUAUCACAUCCACGCCGGUGACUGAAGAUAGAAAUCAUGCCAUCGUCGUGGCUGCAGCCACGGCUGCGGCUGCAGAAGCUGCAGUUGCAGCGGCUCAAGCAGCGGCAAGAGUUGUUCGAUUGGCAGGCUAUGGUCGCCACACUAAGGAAGAAAGAGCAGCAACUCUCAUUCAAUCAUACUACAGAGGCUACUUAGCUCGACGCGCUCUGCGUGCCUUGAAAGGAUUGGUGAGGCUGCAAGCACUUGUGAGGGGCCAUAAUGUGCGGAAGCAAGCGCAAAUGACAAUGCGGUGUAUGCAAGCAUUGGUUCGAGUACAGGCAAGAGUGAGAGCUCGCCGAUUCCAGUUGACCCAAGAGCAGCUUCAGAAGACAGAGGACGAGUAUUGCGAGGAGAGAGAACUUGAGCAACAGGUGCCAAAGCCUAUGAGUCCCAUGAAAAGAAUUGACAUGAACAGGUGGGACAAUAGGCGUCACAGCAGCCACAAAAUCCAGGAAAAUGAUGCCAGGAGACACGAAGCCGUAAUGAAGAGGGAAAGAGCUCUUGCCUACGCUCUCAACGGUCAGCAACAGCAGAAGCCAUUUCUGCACUCAGACCCGAAUGACGAUGAUGAUGGAACCUUCAAUUACAACAACGCGCGUGAAAAGGCCCCGUGGGGUUGGAACUGGUUGGAGCGUUGGAUGUCAUCACAACCGUACAAUGUUAGGCACGCGGGGCCACGCGAGACAUCUUACAUGACCCUUGCCACAACAACCACCACCACCGACGACGACAUGUCUGAAAAGACGGUGGAGAUGGACAUGGUCGCACCCUUAGGCUCAAGUAACGUCAGCGCCAUGGGCCUAAUGAACCAGGAGUUUCUCGAUCCAAGAGCAAUGUCCAAUAGAAAACACCAUCGACAAUUCAGCCUAAACGUGCCAAGCUUUAUGGCUCCAACCCAGUCUGCAAAAGCCAAGGUGAGAGGUCAAGUCCCGAUCAGGCCGAAUGGCUCUCCUGGGCCCCAGUGGAACUCAUCCACAAAAAGAGGCCCUGGAAUUGGGUCGGUCUGUGACUCUUCAAGCUCUGGAGGAGGAACGUCCAAUCACAAGUUCCCGAGGAGCCCAAGCCCAAAACUCAAUGGGAGUCGCCCGCAGUCUAGGCGGAUUGCAGGUGGCAGCCCAGAUUAUUCUGGGCUUGAGGAUUGGGCAGUUCCCCUCGGAGGCCAUGGUUGGGCGUGAUUUUAAAAACAUGCUAAUUAUUAUGCUAGCGCGGAAUUGGAAUGCGUGGUGGAGCUUUUCGUUCAUAUUUAUGAAGGAUUUCGUUCGCGUCAAAUUUUGAGAUUGCUGUGGAGGAAACCUGUUUCAUAUUCUGUUUACAGUUUACUUGUAAGAGAAUAUUCUUCGUGUGUUUGCAUUUCUCCAGUAAAAAUGUACAUGUGCUCCUGAAUGCAGUGGGAAAGGGUGAAGGCGCCGUUAAUGCUGUUCAUGGACGAUGGUGUGUGAUGUGUCUCGCUUCAACAAUUCUUCUCCCGCUCUUAUCGGAACUUCACAAACCCAAUUAGCUGUGUGAGGCUGAUAUACCUGUGGCGUGGUUGGUCAUGGACUCAUGUAACUUGUGCGAUAGUUAUGGUCAAAAUAAAGUAUCAUUAUUUGUCCAGCCUCCUGGCUAUACUGCCGCAUCUGUGAACUCUGGACUUGGAUUGCCUGCCAAACUUUUCUGAUUAGCUUCUUGAAUAUGUUCAUUUAAUGAAGUUUUUUUUUAAUAUUACUCUUUUAA